AUGCCAAAGAGUGAGAAAAAUAGUGACAACUUAGACAUAUUUGGAAGGUCACUUUCAUAUCAUUUAUCUCGGUGUUGUGAAGUGCAUAUAGAGAGUAUUAUUGAUGAUAUUGAACCUUAUUCUCAAGACUGGGAGUCUGGAUAUUCUCCUUUGCAUCUUUGUUUUAUAAGUGGCCAAUAUGAGAAGGCAUUCAAGAUUUACUACCGCUGGCAUACUACGUUUGAAGCCGUAAAUCAUCUCGGGAGGGGUACCAUUCUGGACUUGAAAGAUAGAGAGGGCUUUACCCCAUUAAGAUUACUUAAGGAAUUGAAUGAUUAUUGGCGACUAAGUAGGUUACCCAAUAGUGUGUUACCAAGGGAAAAUUACAAGUCAACACAUGUCGACUGGUCGACAGAUAUCACCAAAUUGCGGCCAUCCAUUCAAAAGUUGCGGAACUGGUACAAGAACAGAGGAUCCCGAAGGUGCUAUACUUUGGGUAAAAACGAUUAUUUCCAGUUGGGAACUGGUGACUCGAAGGCAAGACAAAUUUGGUAUGAGGUCGAGUCAUAUAAGUUGGCUGGAACGGUUCUUGAUGACGCACCACGAUUUCGGGUGUGCUACAUGAAUAAGCGGCAUUCUGUGUUGCUUACGGUCAACAAUCAGAUAUAUUCGUCAGGGAACACAGCUAGGGGGGCCUUAAACAGUGAUUCAGAAAGUUUAAAAUUGCAAAAUUUUCAAUUUGAAAGGGUAUCUUUUGAUCAUAAGGAAACUAUAUCGAGCAUUUCCUCAAGCGACACGCACAAUCUAAUUUUAACAAAGUCCGGAAAGGUGUAUUCAUGGGGUGGUAAUGAAUGUAAUCAAUUGGGAUAUGAGCUUGGCGAAUCAUGUUGUCCGUUUAUACAGCAGGUAUCGAUUAUUCGAGAGAAUCGGAUCUCGUUUGUUUCUUGUUCUAAUGUUCAUUCUUCUGCUUUGGGAGUCGAUGGCUGCUUGUACUCAUGGGGCUCUAAUUCAGGACAAAUGGGGCCAUAUAAACCCCUCAUUUCCCCAUCUUAUAGUGCUUCUGAGCAUGAUGGUAAAAAACCUCAGUGCAUCGUGUGCCAAACGAAUACUCAAAAUGUGCAUGAUUUGAUAUGUCAGGAAUAUGCAACCUUAAUCUGGUCAGAUAAUUACAAACUAUGUGUUCUAUCAGAUUUUAAAAAAUACAAAUUUACGUUAACCAAACCUAGCAUUUUUCAUGGUGAUAACUUUGCCACAUUUAGGCCGUCACUUCCUGCUGACUCACAACGGGUCAUCAAGAUCCGGACGCGUAAUUCCUUUGGUAACAACAUCUGUAUCCUCUAUAAUGAUGGCUCCGUUGGAAUCCUUAAGAUGCAGGAAUCUAAAGAUAUGUGGAGUAAAUUGCCAUCCAUCCCUAACAUUUGCCCAUAUUGGGUUCCACAGACGUGGUUGGACCGCUGUUUAGAUUUUGAUGUCGGGAUGCGAGGUGAGUUGAUUCUAUGCACUGUCGGCGGGGAAGUUUACAUCUCAAAGGGAUUAAACCAGCCGUUCGAACUGAAACCACAGAAAUCUCCCGGUGGAAGGUGUGUUGGUGUGAGCUGCGAUCCAUUAUUUGCCUCCUUUUCUGUUUUUAUAGAUGAUUUUGACAUGCCUAUUAUGAAAUUCUACGACAAUAAUAUUAGUGAAGAUUUACAGCUUUGUUCUGCUGUCUUUGGAGAGGAUUUAGGAGGUCAACUAAAGAAAAAUCCAUUAGAAGCCGUUGAUAUUUGUCUCAAAGAUAAAGUUGGAAACGUUAGUGAGGAACAUGACCGUAAUAUGGAGGGGCAAGAGGUAUCUAUGUUUAAUGAUAGCAGAUUUACAAAUUACUACAGACCCUUUCAAAAACUAAUGUGCCAUAAGGUUGAUGACGCCGUAGGUGCAAGCAUACCUACGAGGCUAAAUAUUAAUUAUGACGUUGAAUUCGUAGAUAAUUCUGGAGUUGUGAUAGGAAGGUGUCACAAAGUUUUGCUAUGUUUACGAUGUCCCUCAGUUAUCGAUAGUUUGGCAGGCAGCUCUCGGAUAUAUGAGAAACCUUUAAAUUCAGGUAACAAGUUGACCAUGAUGAGUGAUUCAGCUUCUAAGUUUUGGCGUAUACAAGUUGCUUCAUCCUCAUCUUCUGCAGUAGAGUAUGCUAUACAUCCAUUGAACUAUGUUCUCCACUUAUUAUACUCUGGAGAAAUAAAUGAUUCACCUAAAAAUGUUCUGAACAUGCCCACAUCAGAAUAUAUCUUGUUUAAGAAAGAAAUCAGAAAAUAUAUGGGUAUGUUGGACCUGUUUCCAAGUUCUACUGAAUUGGUCCGUUCAUUAAACGAGCUCUAUCAGCAUUGCAGCCCGGAAUUUGCUUCAAAAUCAUCAAUACCAUAUCUCUUUCAUCACUUUAAUCUUCCAAAUUUGUUAGAGCUCUAUGCCAAACCUGAUGUUAAAAUAUUGCUGGCUGAUAAAAAGGUUUUGUAUGCCCAUUCUUUCUUAUUGCGAUGCCGCUCCUCAUACUUUCAGGCACUCCUUGACGAUUGCUGGGAUCGCGGUGCGCCAUUGAAUAUGGUACAUGUUUCAGUAACCACAUUUACGGUUAUUUUAAAAUACAUAUAUGCGCUUCCAUUUGAUAAUCUUUUGAUAGAUUUGCCUUCUAAAUCUCCUGCUGAUAUUAUAAAUGACUUGUUUGAUUUGAUUCAGCUUUGUGAGGAAAUAAUGCUAGAUGGAUUGAAAUCCUACUGUGAGGCUGUGUUAUCUAAGUAUGUCCAGCACAAAACCGUUGUACCUAUGUGGAUUAAUGCAAUAUCGCUUAAUUGCUAUGGGCUUACGUAUAUUUGUCUCUGGUAUCUCUAUAACAAUUAUGAAGUAUUGUUUUUUGAAGCCAACCUAGUACUUGUGGAUAAGUAUUUGUCUUCUGAGGACUGGGCUGUAUUCGAAAAGUUUGCGAGGAAAUUGCGAAAUGGAAGAAACGAUGAACUUGACCAAAAGUUUAAUGGUCAGUAUCUUUGUUACCAUGGAUAUAACAAUUUCACUGAUUGGGUUACCGAAUUCAAGUCCAUGCCUUCUAAAUUUAAUGAAAUAUUCAUGGAUCCAGCUUCUAAGUUUGAAGUCAUUCCUGGCCAUAAACGUAAAAAAUCCAAAAUCAAAUCUAAGAAAGCAGCCUCAAAAAGCAAGACUUCUCAUUCUGAGAAAAAUCAGUCCGUGUUUCGUGUGGAUUUGACCAAUAUAAAGCCUGUUAUCAGGCAGUCUGAAAAAGGAGCUCCAAGUUUAUCUGCUUCUUCCAGCAGUUCAUUGCUGUCACUAAACACUACUACUCAGAGCGGGGGAUCAUCUCCUGAAAGUGAAGGCUUUACUGUAGUAUCGAAGUCUCGAAGGAAGGCAAGUCGUGGAUUGCCUACAGACUCUUCUCCGCAAGUAACGCUGUUUACAUCAUCUGAACCACAAAAUAAGAACAUGGCUAUCUUUGAAACUGCUGCCAAGAAGAAAUCUGUACCAAACUCAACUUCCCCUGGAAUUAAAACUGAACUUUCAAUGUUCCCUUCCAUAGAAGCGGCAGUACAGGAACCACUGAAGUUCAAGAAGGUUGUUUCGCCUACCACACCUUCCAUCCCCUUCAAGAAACUCUCUCAAAAGGAACGAAUCAAACUACAAUUGACAAGCACGGACGUAAAUCAAAGUGCCAAGCCUAGGAACCCAAAGCCAGCAUGGGAUACUGCAGCCCGCCCCUCUAGAUCAACAUCAAAUAGUGCAAAUAUAAAAUUGUUCCCCUCUUUGAUGGAUGUUCUGAAGACAGGUGCCUCCAGCACCGGAACAAUUGGCCUUACAACAAAGGGGGAAGCAGGCUCUAUCACAACGUACCUCAGCAAAACUAUAUUUCCACCUCAACAACAACCAUGUAAGCCAUCCACUCAAACCCUUCCGACUGAUCCUACUUUCUCGGAAGGACUGGAUUUCGCUGCAUGGUGGGAUCAAGAAUCUGCACGAGUACAACAGGAAAUAAAGCAACAGGAAACCUACGAAAAACAACUUAAAAUUCAAUUUGGACUUGAAUCAGCUCCGACCAUCAAGAAUGGUAAGCCAAAAUUCAAAAAACUCGACUGGAGCUAA